AUGUUCUCCCCAACCUACGUCCAACUCAAGUACUGGUUCUAUCCAAUUGGGAACACACCUGCGGUCAAUCUGCUUCGGGAUCUUCCAUCAUGCCAGGAGGAGGAGACUAUCAACAUCCUGUCUUUAGCUUGUGGGGAUCCGAGAAACGUCCUGUUUUCUUUGUGGUGCGAGCAAGGACACAGCAGCAAGCGGACCGUAAGCUUCACCUGCUGCGAUAUUGAACCGGCAAUACUUGCACGAAACGUGGUCCUUCUCACGCUCAUUACCAAUGGACGCCCAAGUACAGAGCUAUGGGACCUCUUUUACCAUUUCUACGUGCCAACGAAAACUCUAUCCAUCCUUCGCACUCAUGCUGCGGGCUUGGUAGAGGCCUCGAAAUCUACUGAAAAAUGGGCAUCGUCUCCAUACGGCAGCUACAUUAAAUACGUAGAUAAGGCCACACUGCAGGAGUUGCGGCGGUAUUGGACCCGCUAUGCGUCGACCGAGAAAUUUCCCCAAGCCAGGACUGCUAUCGCCCAACGCAGCAAGGAGACUGGCAACAUGCAUGUUUUGACAGGCGUACGGUCGGCAGGUCCAUUGUGGUUUCAUGCAAGUGAGACAAUGGCGCAUGUUUACCGGGAGUUCUGGAAGACAGGUGUCGUAGCAGGGAACAUUGAGGAUCUCUCUCGACUGAACGGCAAAGGAGAAGUCAAUCCGAUGUUUGCUGUCUCUUCAGCUGCUUCGAGAGAUUUCGCUGUUCACUACGGUGCCGAGCCACUUCUAGGGUUCCGCCUCCCAGAAGCUUUUCAUCAAAAGGUUCCUGAACAAAGAGGGGGCACAUCGGAACAGGCGAAGCGUGCGGUAGCAAUUGCCAAGUCGCAGUUCAAGGCUUGGUGUGAGUGCUUUACCAAGUACGUGAGCAACGACCGUGUCCAGGUCAGCUUCUUCUGCGGAGAAGCUCUUGCUCUCAGCCACGACUUGCAACUAGCAAUUACUCUCAACCAGAAGCCUGGCCACGUUACCAGGACCUACGUCAAGCCAUGGAGCGCCUGUCCGCUAUUGCUCGAUGGGUAUGUCAGUCUGAACGCAACGAGAGACUUGCCCUACGAUCUGUUCGAUGUCAUCGAUACCUCAAACCUUGGUGAUCAUGUCGGAUUCAUUAACAUCCUUUCUGCCACGACUCCAUUACUCCGGCGAAACGCCUCUUCAGUGGUCUACACCGAGAGCCUGUUGAUGGCGUCAGAGGAUAUCUCAGCAUCUUUGUCGACAGUUCUGGGUUCAGACGUUGCCACGUUCUCAAUGCUUAUAGGAUUGGCCCCUUCAGGAUUGUUGACAGGCGUGACACUCGAUGCUGUCGGCAAUGAGACUGCGUUAUUUACCUUGAUGCAAGGAGAUGACAGCCAAAAGCAGUAUCGUAUGAGGGUCUCUUGGAAAUACCCCCAAUUUUCGGAUGCCAGCGUCGUAGGAGUGCUUGGAAGUAGUACCGGGAGCGACUUCCAAGUCACAUUCGAAGCGAAAGAGCUCGCCGGUCACCUUUUCGAUAUCUACAAGACAAUGUUCGCUCACGAGGAUAUCUCGAGGAUGACGGCCCAGCUCUCUCGCAUGAGCGUUGGACAAUAUUCGAUUGAUUUGCAGCGCUAUACAAGGGCUGGCAUGGCUGCUCUGCUCCGCCUGGUCAGGGCCACAGUCCAGGUAGACUGGGAGCAAACUAUGCACCUCCUCGAUAGCCAUCUCGUCACGGAUCGGUCGUUGAUAGUCGGAUCCAAUAGUCUCCAGGAGUUGUAUAUGCAUCUUCACAUUUUUGGUGUCUGGACAAACGAGUGUUUGGAACGUAGCCCAAAUCAGCUUCGAACCGGCUUCGGGCUGUCUUUGAGACCAACAUCUGGCGAUAAAGGCAUCCUCGCUGCAGACAAUACACCCUCAGUUGUUCAAUUAGUCCUGGUAGUGCCAAGGGAGGAGCUCACCGUCUUUACCGGCAAGACUCCUGACGCGAUUGGAACUCCCGCUCUACAUGUCUCUGUCACCCAGACCAGUGGUCAAAACCAAUACGAAAAUUGCUUCCACUCAUUCCAGGCUUUCUUCGGCAAGGUUGUCUAUGACGACAGCACCCAGAACGCUUCAAUUAUCGAAGAAGACGACCAUGGCUGGCUGGGCUCAGCUGAUCUUGUUGUUACUUGUGCGGUGCCCGCCUUUGGCUUGCUAAUGGGGCCAAGAAAUGGCAUUCUGGCUGCUCUCAUGAUCAAUACCAAUCCUGAUAACCUUAUGAAGUUUGAACACCUUGGUGUGCGGAUGGCGGUCUUCGAGACCGGAUUUCACGAUGGGAAGAGACUUUUUGUCUGUCGUGAUGCACCCAAGCUGGACACCUUGCGAUCGUCCUCAAUGCAAAAAAGGUGGAUCGAGAAGGUUUCAUCGCAAAACCAAUCUUCGCUUCAGACGCUCGUAAAGCUGAACGCCGGGCACAGAGCUACUCACCUGCAGAGCCAUAUCGAUUUCCCAAAGGACUCCGCUGAGAGCCAAGCGCUGUCUACUGGGGCAGCGGUCACGGUCAUCGAAUAUUCACCAAGGUCUGUGAUGUUGCGAAUUGGCUCGUCUCUGAAGCGACAAGUCACCUUUCCCUUCCCGAUUCAAGGAUCCCAGCCGAAGACAAGAAUUGCAAGAAAGUCUUCCUGGAUAGAGGUCGAGGUCCCAAUCUUCACUGCAUUGGAUGGUGACCGCUUCAACUCGUGGACCCAGGCGACGGUGUUCCAGUCCGGUCGUCCACCACUGUGUUGGAGUAUACCCCGGAUAAAUUUAGAGUUGCAGCCCUCAGUCACUUUUCCAAAGAAGGGAGACUCGUCGUGGCUUCGCACAUUCAUGGGGACCACUCUCAGUGACGCUGAGAGACCCUUGAGUAAGCCAGAUCAAGCAACGACAACGAACGCCAAAUUCGAUUUAAAGCAGUCAUUGAAUAUUCUCUUCUUGACAUUUGUGGGCCUCAAUGAGAACCGUGUUGGUCCAAAGAAGACCUUUCAACUCACUCUUGAAACAACCGGCGCUCAUACCCUCAUAUUUGCUACCGGGAUCCGUCAUGACCUUGACUUGGGCUCCCUAGUAAUGGAAGCUUACGUCGUGCCUUUAACGAUCCCAAGAGUGAAAGAGCUUCUCCCGUCGCUCAAGGCAUUGCAAACGACCGAACCCUGCGCUAUCCGAGUCAGCAACGACGAAUCGACCCUGUGGAAGAGAAUGCUCCCAGCCUUAGCCGAGCGCUGCCGGACAUGGCAGCAUAAGUCGACAUGUGAAUAUCAGAACAAGGGCGCUCCUCUGUCCACAGAGGAAGGCAAAUCACCUCUGUGCAGCUGCGGCGAGGGAAAUGUCUCUGGCUCCGAGCUCGCCAAGCUUGGUUUGAAGGAAUGGGCGCCAUUCGCUAAAUACGCUGUUCGGGUUGCUAUCGCUCCGAUAUUUCCGGUCCCAUACGUGGAGUCGUCGUUGUCGGAACUCCUCGAACUGCCGCGAGCGACUCAAUCACAUCCUUCCCCUAGCUCACCGCCGAAGUUGCCGUCGCAGGCUCCAAAGUCGGCGGGGACAGAGGCCAAGUGCGAUCAUUGUGGGAAGUCUGGGGACAAACUUCAGGUGUGUGGAGGCUGCCGGAAGGUGAGAUAUUGCGGAUCGGAGUGUCAGAAGGCGGCGAGGAAGGAGCAUAAGAAGGAUUGUGUGAGGUGA